GACUCGUAUAUGAUAUACCAACGCCAUUCGCUUCAAAACCACCUAUAAAAGAAAAGUCUCUUCUCUUAUUAUUUUUCUUCUAUAGACUUGGCCUAAACCAAAAAAGUAAUCAAAACCCAAAAAAAGAAUAUUGAUUGAGAUAAGAAUGAACAAGAGAAAUUCGAGUUGACGAUCACUAUUACGACGACUACGACUACCACUACGACGACGACGACGAUCGCCAUGGCCAUAACGAUAUUCAGAAGAAGCUUCGUGGUUUCAGCGGUGGUGCUGUUAUCGUCUCUCUGGAUUACUUCCGUCUCUGCUCACAGCGCCGUUCUCAACGUCAAGUACAAGUACGCCGGUCAAGAGCCCUCCAUCACGCAACUCAAAGCUCACGAUACCCGCCGUCAGCUUGGUAUUCUCGCCGGCGUUGAUCUCCCCCUGGGCGGCUCCGGUCGUCCCGAUGCCGUCGGGCUUUACUAUGCAAAAAUAGGGAUUGGAACACCUACAAAGGACUUCUAUGUGCAAGUGGAUACAGGAAGUGAUAUUAUGUGGGUCAACUGUAUUCAGUGCACAGAGUGCCCCAAAAGAAGCUCCCUUGGUAUUAAUCUAUCUCUAUACAAUAUAAAGGACUCGGUCACUGGGAAAAUGGUUCCUUGCAAUCAAGAAUUUUGUUUAGAGGUAAACGGGGGUCCUUUAUCUGGCUGCACAGCUAAUGAUUCCUGUCCGUAUCUUCAGAUAUAUGAAGAUGGCAGUUCCACUGCUGGAGUUUUCAUAAAGGAUCUUGUACUGUAUGAUCGGGUUUCUGGAGAUCUUCAAACUGCUUCAACCAAUGGAAGUAUUAAUUUUGGGUGUGGUGCUAGACAAGCUGGGGAUCUAGGUUCAUCUAAUGAAGAUGAGGCACUAGAUGGGAUUCUUGGUUUUGGAAAAUCAAAUUUGUCCAUAAUUUCACAAUUAGCUUCAUCUGGAAAAGUGAAAAAGAUGUUUGCUCAUUGCUUAGAUGGAGUAAAUGGAGGUGGUAUUUUUGCAAUUGGGCAUGUCGUGCAACCAAAAGUCAACAUGACUCCCUUGGUACCAAACCAGCCUCAUUACAAUGUCAAUAUGACAGCUGUUCAAGUUGGUCAAGUUUUUUUAAAUAUUUCAAUAGAGGUGUUUGAGUCAGGAGACAGAAAAGGGACAAUAAUUGACAGUGGUACAACUUUGGCCUAUCUCCCAGAAAUGGUUUAUGAGCCAUUAGUAAGUAAGAUCAUCUCUCAACAGCCAGAUAUAAAUGUUCAAACUGUUCACGAUGAGUAUACAUGCUUCCAGUACUCCGAGAGCAUUGAUGAUGGAUUUCCACCUGUUGUAUUUCAUUUUGAGAACUCACUCUCAUUGAAGGUUUAUCCGCAUGAGUAUCUAUUCCUCUUAGAAGGUUUAUGGUGUAUUGGUUGGCAAAACAGUGGGAGGCAAUCCAGAGAUAGGAUGAACUUGACCCUUUUGGGAGAUCUAGUCCUUUCAAAUAAGCUAGUGUUGUAUGAUCUUGAGCAUCAAGUCAUUGGAUGGACUGAAUAUAACUGCUCUUCAAACAUUAAGGUGCUGGAUGAUCAAACUGGAACAAUACAUUUAGUAGGUUCCCACUAUCUUGCUUCUGCUUGCAGUUUGAAUAUUCGAUGGGCUAUAGUUUUGUUGUUUCUAAGUAUGUUGUUGCACUAUAUUUUCACUGGAAUUCUACUAUAGGUUUCAGCCAAUAGAAAGUAUCAGUAGUUGAUAUAUGAAAAACAAAAUUUGAAUAUAAAUAGAAAAUAAUUAGAUUUAUUGAUAAGAUUGUGCCCCCAUAUACUUUUCUCAGUUGUGUAUCUAUUUUCAUGCCUGAUGUGGAAACAAACUAGGAUUAUUCAUUGUACCAAUGCUUCACAGUAGACUGAUUCACAGUGGGUUACAUUUUUCUACCCAUAGUGAAUAUGUGGAAAUAUAAGAAAGCUUAGAACCGGCUUUGAGUUUUGUAAGUA